GUGUGUGUCAGGCGAGCGUGCAUCUUUAAAUCCAAACCAAUCACCACCACCAGAUUGAACCUAUCAAGCAAUGGAUUUGGAUUUGAGUAAAGCAAGUGAAGCCAAAGCGGCUGAUCAUGCUGAACCCAUCUCUUUCGAUCUUUUGGCGUUGAUCAAUCAAGCCAGAAAUGAACAUGGUAUGCGUCAACAAGACUUUCACAGGUACCAUGGCUAUUGUUCAACCAAAGUUCAUCGGUUACGUCAAACGAUGAACAAAACCCAUACGAAUACCGUCAAGCGAAAUGAAUCAAAUAAGAAAGGAGGAAAGAAAUCUCUUUCAAAAAAUGCAAAGAGAAAAGCGCAAAGUGCAACUGUUCAAAGUGAGAAUAAUAAAGGCAAAGGAAAUGUGUUUGUAAGAAAGACGAUUGAUAUUGCAGAGGUAAAGGAUGACCGUCCAGCCCAGUUGCUUUUGUUUGAAGCUGAAAGAUCUUGGUCUUACUCUCAAGAGCUAAAGCAAGCCGCUUUUGAAAAGGAACAAGAUGGAAAGAUUCGACGACAUGGUCUGACCAGAGCACGCAGAGCUGUACAUUGGUCCAAGGAAUUGUUGGAAUUGGUAGCAGCGUUGGGUGAGAAGCGUAUCGACGUACGAACACGAGCCGAAGCACAUGCAUACCAUGUCUUGUUGCAAGCUUACGAAGCAUUCGAUAAAGAGAAACAUUUGGAAAGUAUGGAAUUCCUAUCGGUUGCACGUAAAUUGCUCUACCUUGUCGCACAAGCUCAAAGCGAUAGCAGAAAGGAAGCUUUAGCACACAGCUAUAUUGACAGCAUAGAGCCAAUGCUACGCUUCAGUGCAUACAGCUUGGAAUUGACUGAGCAGGACAUGGACAAGUUGGCCAAUACAGUAGCUAACAAAGAGGUAUGCGAACGAUGUGUGACUGGCUAUUCGGCGUUGGAGGCAGAGCUGAAAGAGCAAGCUAAGAGAAAUGCCGGACGUACAACUGAUGAUCGAUUAGAUCAAGUCGAUUGGCGCGGUCAAAGCAUCCCAAUUCGUAAUGCUGACUUGGUUGAAGUUGUGACAAAAGUUACAAAAGCCGAGACUAACCUUCGAGAAUCGCUCAAAGCCAAAGACAGUACCGAUGCUAAACCGAACUAUGCAAAAGGCGAACAUAAACGACAACGCUUGACAAGUGCUCAAAGAAGUGCCAAGAAGCGUGGACAAUUGACUACCGGAGCCAACCAAUCCGCAGAAGAAAGCGCCGCUGGUCCUUCAGAGACCGCAAAUGUAUCCGCUGGCUCAAAGACUGAAAUGGAUGGCUAUGAUAGCUUAUUGGCUUCCCUAACCGAAGCUGAAGAUAUUGCUCGUCGCUUGGUACAAGACAAUGCCGAAGCUCUGUCAAAGAGUCACAGUGGACGUUACGAAGCUGCGAGCACGAAUCUGAUUAAUGCUCAUGAGUAUCUCUUGUACAAAUUGUUGGCGACCAGAGCGGAACGCAAUAUGGCUUUGAUGGAGGAAGUACAAGCAAAGAGUGAGAAGAGACAGCUUCGUGUACGUGAACAUGUGGCAGGAAAGGCAAGAUCGAUUGCUUCUCCACACGAUGCCAAACGCAGCAAUGAAAAGAAGGGCAAAGAGCCCGUUCGUAGACGGGUCAAGGAUGCAGCCGGCAAGAAAGUACGACCUGCAGGUAGACCUCGUCAUGCUGCUUCGAAGAAGAGCAAGAAAGCCACCAAGAAGCUCAAGCCUGCUUCUCUUCCUUCUUCAGCCAAGAAAUCACCAAAGACGAAUGCUAUCGUCGAACGACUUCGUCUACGUGGUGAGAUGAAAGACAAGCGCAUUUCUGCCCGCAUUAUCCCAGGUCUGACCCGCUUACUGGAUGCGAACGAUAUGAGUUGUUCUGGUAUCGCAGGUUUGGCUCUUGUUGAACGUGAUUCCAAUUUGGCAACAUUGAUUGAAGCGAAGUCGGCAUGGUACAAAGCCGAAUUGUUGAGAUUGUUGGCACGCAGUUUUGCUUGGUCUAAUGAAUUGGAGAAGAGCUUGGUCUUGCUGAAUAGGUCAGAGUUAUUCGUUCGUGAAGCACGCAAUGCUAUGGAGCUUGUGGAACAUGAUCAAGUCGCUAAAGAAGAUGAACAGAUGCCACCUCAGAUGAUUGAUUCAACCUUCGACAAGACUGUCAAGUCAAUCAAUGACUUCCGUGUGCAAGUACAACGUGAAUUAUAUGCACGUCAAUCGGGUAUCAAGACUGUUGCGCCACUUCGACGCAUCUCUGACGGUCAAAGUAAAGCUGCCCAAGCAUUACGUGAUACUGCUGCCAAAUUUGUCGACUUUGACCCGGUUGACAUUCAACAGGCUUCUGUCAUUCCAUCAGAUCUUAUGGAUAAAUUUGAUGCGGAAUUGGCAGGCACUUCUGCAAGUGUAGCAAAUUCACGUAGACCUUCUGCUGUUCCUGUCAAGGCUCAGGCUCCCAUUAAAGCAGAAGCACCAGUACAGAAGCAGACCAAGCCAAUUGAACCAGUUGCGACCGUGCCAGCCACACAGCCAGUGCAGACAAUUCAAGAAGAUGAGCCAUUGGCAGAGGAUGUGGUGGAGGAAGAAGCAGCUCAGGACGGACCUUAUGAUCCAGCCAAUUUGGUUGAGGACGAAGAGGAGGAAGAAGUAGCACCUAAGCGUAGCUGGUUAGGUGGUUGGCUCAACCGUAAAUAAGAAUGUGAACAACGAUUGUUAUUCAAUGCAAUUUAAUC